AUGUUUUCACGAAGCUUUGUCGGACGAAUGGGUAAUGGCACGUAUGGAGGCUGGCCGUGGCCUGUGAAGUUGCCCCUCAAACGUGGCUGGCAUCACGAAUUGGAUCGCCAUCAGAGUAUCGCUGAGGAAUCUCGAAGGUACAUUUUAUUUGGUGACGCGCUGUUGGUUUCUAUUGUUUUGUACUCCGUGUAUCGGCUUUAUUAUUUAGCCCUUUGUAGUGACGCGUAUCGAACUCACCUAUCUCACCUCAGUGGAGCUCCCCCCGCCAUCAUAGCGAACAGCUUUGACUUCGCAAACCUCGAAAAUAACCGUACGGUGCCGCGGGCAGUUCUCGACGAAUAUCGCGAGGCUGUUGUUGAUGGAAAAGUUAAGCGCGCUCCUAUUGAGAGCAUCAUCUUCAAGUACUAG